AUGCUGCGGGAAAACAGAAACUCCAUGUGCACUCUUGCUCUAGUAAGACCUGUAGUUGCCCUAAGCGUCUAGCGGCCGGAACUGUCGAUUCAUAUAUAGGGAAACUUAGAGCGAUUUUCAAUAGGUUAGGCCGUACAGGGUUUUCUAACCCGUUGGCACAUCCUUGUGUUAAGGAAUAUCUUAAGUUUGUAAGAGAGGAGCAAGCCCAGCAACCUUUGCCCCCUCGUCAGGCUGUCCCUUUGUUCUAUGACAAAUUCACCCGUUUAAUUGCCUAUCUUCGCGGGCUUAUUGCCGAAGGCUCUGCGCUUUCUCCUCUCAAUAGAUACCUCCUGGUCAGGGAUAUAACAUUCUUUGUUAUUGGCUUUUACACUGGUGAUAGAGCAUCCGAUUUGGGCCGUUUGAAGGCAGAUCAGCAUUUUCGCCUUAAGGAUAGGGAGGGGUUCCUUCUCAACUUUACGUUUACUAAAACGAGGCGUGCAGGUCAGUUUCGCCCUUUUGCUCUGUUACGUAUUCCAAAUGUACCUGUCUGCCCGGUUUUUUGGUUGAACUAUUAUAUUGCCGCGUGUGGGGCAUUAGGUGUCCCUCUUCAUGGUGAGUACCUCUUUAGGUCUUCGGAGCAUAAAAAGUUUGUGUCACAUCGUCCGUUCGGAGGGUCAGCCGUAUCUGCACGGCUCCAAAAGUAUCUUAAGGCUGCCCACAUUAAUGACGGAGAGACCCCUCACAGCUUUCGUGUAGGAAUUUCAUACACCCUCAAGGGUUUGGGAUGUACUCCGGAGCAGAUUGCU